AGGAUUUGGACCCGAUCCGUCUGUGGCACUUUUCAGAGAUGCUUGUUGACUGACGGACGUCUCGCAGUUAUCUGCACGGCGUGGGAUCUUACUUGACCGUCAAAAGUGCCCAAGAGCAGGGUGUGCUGGCGUGUUCCAAGCACUUUAUAGGAUAUGAACAAGAGACGUUCCGAGAAGCCAACUACGGAAGUGAGAUCAAGAUUCCCAUCAACUCCGAAUUUGACGACACGACUGCUCAUGAAUUGUAUCUGUGGCCCUUUGCCGAAGCCGUUCGUGCUGGCACCGGCACCAUCAUGUGCUCCUACAAUGAAAUCAACGGCACUCAUGCCUGCUCCGACGACGUUGCUCUGAACAAGUGGCUGAAGGGACAGCUCGGGUACCAGGGCUCAGUUAUCUCGGACUGGGGAGGCACCUGGGACACACUCAACUCGACUCUGAAUGGAUUGGAUCUUACCAUGCCGGGGCACGUCUUCUUCGAGGGAGCCAACUUUCCCAAUCUCUUCGGCGAUAAUCUGAUCGCCUUGGUACAAAAUGGAACUAUUCCCGAAGCACGUUUGGAUGACAUGGUUCUGCGCACGUUGGCUCCCAUUCUGCAGCAUCAGGACAUGAAGACAUUCCCCCGCCCCACAUUUGAUGUAUCCAACAUCCAGCUGCCCACGAACAACGUCCGCCGCGAUCACCACAAGAUCAUCCGGCAAGUCGCGCAGGAGGCGAUCACGCUCGUCAAGAACAACCGCACGGGCGGUGGCGGUCUCCCGUUCCCGGCCACUUGGGCGAUGUCCUCGCUUGCUGUGAUCGGGCAAGAUGCUGGCGCGGCGCCGUUCGGGACGACCUCGUGUGGCGAGACAGACCAGACGUGUUGGGGCGGCAACAACGGCACGAUGACUAUCGGAGGAGGGAGCGCUUUUGCCUACCCGCCGUACACGAUCGAUCCCCUGGCAGCGCUCAACGCGUAUGUCGCUGCGGACGGACCGGAUAUCAACCAGCAUCUGGAGAACUACAACUUGACGAUGGCGGCGGCACAGGCCGGCAACUCGGAGGCCGCGCUCGUUUUCCUGAGCGCAUACGCGUCCGAGGGGUAUGACAGAGACAAUCUCACGACGUAUCCGAACGGCGACGCUUUGGUCCAAGCUGUCGCCGCUGUCAAUAAUAACACGAUCGUGGUGCUGCACGUGCCCGGAGCGGUCAUCGUCGAGGACUGGAUCGAACAUCCCAAUGUUACUGCUGUUCUCGUCGCUCAUUAUCCUGGUCCAGAGAGCGGCAGCAGUCUUGUGCCUGUGCUAUGGGGCGAGAUCUCGCCUUCGGGCAAGCUCCCAUAUACCUUUGGCAAGGACCUUGCAGACUGGCCUCCGAAUGGAAUCGCCACCGACAACUCGACGCGUGUGGCCGAUUUCACCGAGAAGCUGCUCAUCGAUUACAAGUGGUUUGACGCCAAGAACAUCACACCACGUUUUGAGUUUGGCUUCGGCAUGAGCUACACGACCUUCUCGUACGGCCAGCUCACACUAAGAAAGUCGUUCAAAGCCGAUGAUACGUCGAUCCAACCGACUGCGGAACAGUUUGUCGAGCUGUCGUCGGAUUUUGGCAGGAGCAUGUAUGACGUGCUGUAUACCGCUACAGUGACCAUCAAAAACUCGGGCAAAGUCGCUGGUGCUGAAGUUGCCCAGCUGUACGUUUCGUUCCCAGCCGCAGAAAACAAACCUCCGCGCGUUUUGCGCGGUUUCGACAAGCUGCACCUCGAGCCGGGACAACAUGGAACUGCGGAGUUUGAACUGACUAGGAAGGAUCUGUCGGUCUGGGACGUAGUCGAGCAGAAAUGGAGAGUUCCGAGAGGGUCGUUCACGUUGCACGUCGGCGCGUCCAGUCGGGAUUUGCGCUCGAGUGUCGAGCAUGUAUUCAAUUGACCAAACGUUCGUGUUUUCCCCACCACGUAGUUCAAUGCCG